AUGUUUGGUGGGACUGUCGUCUGUGCUUCAGCAAUUCUACUUACGGUGGCCUCGGGAGUCAUUCAGCCGGAGGUCACUGAUGGUGGCAACAACAGCGAGCUGCUUGUUUUCCACUACAUUCUCACGGAGGAGCGCUGCGGCUCCGGCUUCAAGAUAUUCAACUUUGUGGACAGUCUGCUCUAUGCCAUUGACUACAUUGACGCCAACUACGAGCCGCGCAUAACCUACACACCAUACUUCGACUUUCUCACUGGCUGCUCCCUGAGAGACAAGGACAGAGCCGUCAACGACUGGAUAUCGCUGGGGCUGUCGCGCACCUCUGCGGUGGAUAGGCUCUAUCAGAUCAGCUAUGCCUGUCGCAGCCAAAGCCAGGUGACCGUCUUCACGAAACAGGAGGCCCUGGCGGAGGGCAGUCAGGUGCCGACGGCAAUGAGCCUGCGCCGGAUGGACGCAAACAACUUUGCCGCCAUCAGUCUGGUGCUGACCACCUCCACUCUGGUGAUGGGUCUGAGUGCCCUGCUUAGCGCCUAUGGGUGGCAAGACAUUGCUGUCUUCUAUGAGGUCAGUCUGGAGGGUGGCGAGAUUGCCUCGCUGGCGCAGCAGAUAGCCCUGAUGUUGGCGCUGGGAGAUGCUGGCACGGGAGCCUUCAAUGUGGUGCGUCGGCAGAGACUGCGUCCAGGCAUGGAUCACUCGGCGCUGUUGGAGGAUAAAAACAGCAAGCUGGAUGUUAUCAUUCUUCUAACGCGACCGACGCUGGCGAUGGAAUUCCUGCUAGAAACCCGCAACGUCACGGCCAUCCAACAGGGCAAGAUCGCCCUCAUCCAUAUCGAACCCACGGACAUGCUCACCUACGAUGUACUCCGGCUCUGGCGAAACGAGUUGGAGCGUGGAAUAGAUUUGGGUGCGUCCGGACAGUGCCUCAUCAUCAUGACAGCUCUGCCAACGGGUACAGCCUACCAGUCCAACUCUUCCAUCUAUGAGCACAGCAUUCCUAAAGAUAAUUCCGUGAUGGAGAACCUGCCCCUUAAAUGCUGGUGGCCCUGCGCCGAAUUCCAGAGUUGA